AUGAAGAAUAUGGAUAAGUCCAAAUAUUACACUUUCCACCAAAAGCGUGGGCACACUACCGAUGAGUGUGUCAUUGCUAAAGACUUGUUAGAGCGACUAGCCCGACAGGGCCAUUUGGACAAAUACAUUAAUGGCCACAUUCAAAAAUACACAACAAACUCUGCCGACCAUUCCUCUACAAGACAAUAUUCCCGAGACAAGGAAAAGAUCACUUAUACUCACCCUGACCAACCACGAGGAGUCAUUAACUGCAUAUUUGGAGGUUUUGCUGGUGGAGGGACCUCAAACUCUGCCCGAAAGCGUACAUAUCGAACUAUGCUCUCGAUAGAUGACAUUUUAGUCCGAAAAGUAUUGCUUGAUCCUAGAAGCAGCGCAGACGUCCUAUUUUACUUUAUAUUCCAGAAAAUGAAGCUAAGCAAUAACAUACUCCAGCCUUCUACUAGGAAUUUGGUGGGAUUCUCAGGUGAACGUGUCCCAGUAUUGGAAUCUGUGUGGUUACAAACCACACCGAGUGAGUAUCCUUUAACCAAAACUUCUGAUGUUCAAUAUUUGGUUGUUGAUUGUUUCAUUCCUUAUAAUUUACUACUUGGUCGACCUUUUCUAAAUAAGUUCGGAACUAUAGUAUCCACAGUUUAUCUCUGUUUCAAGUUUUCCGUACAGGACGAUCUCAUUGCAACUAUUCACAUCGAUUAUGGCGAAGCAUGA